AACCAGUUGAGCUCCAGUCUGGCUGAGGAUGCUCUGGACUGGCAGGAUGAGGCUGGAGAAUUUCGGGAUCUUGGUGAUGCUUUUCCAUGCAUCAGCAGCCUGUGAGUUUGGGCCCUUCCCUUACAGUGCCACAGGGAUCGUCUGCAGGAUGACCAAACCCGCAGCACUGCUCUUGAACCAGGAAACAGCACAGGUCAUUCAAGCAGCGUUCAGAAACGCCAACUUCCCAAACAUCACCGGGGAAAAAUCCAUGCGGCUCCUGGGCAAGGUGGCUUACGGGCUGACCAACAUCCAGGUCAAUGACUUGUCCAUAGAGCAGAGUGAGGUGGAGCUGAGGGAGGACAAUGCCAUUCACAUCACCAUUAAAAAUGUGACGGCCAUCUUCAAAGGGACCCUGACCUACGGCUAUGCUGGGGCCUGGUUUCUGAACCUUUUUCAUUCAGUUGACUUCGAAAUUGACUCUUCCAUUGACCUCCAGAUAAACACUGAGCUGAGAUGCCAGAAGGACAAAGUGGCUGCUGAUGCCUCAGACUGCUACCUGGCUUUCCACAAACUGACCCUGCACCUCCAAGGAGACAAGGAGCCAGGCUGGCUGAAGCAGCUCUUCACUGACUUCAUCUCCUUCACUCUGAAGCUUGUUCUCAAGAGAGAGGUGUGCAAAGAAAUCAAUUUUCUUGCCCAGAUGCUGGCAAAUUUUGUUCAAGAUUUAGCAGAAAACUUUGUCCAGGAUGGGGAUAUCAAACUCGAUAUCUCCCUUGCAUCAGCUCCUUUAAUAAAAGCCAAUUACCUAGAAUCACAUCACAAGGGCCUGGUACUGUACAAGAACUACUCUGGUGCCUUCAGUGACUCUGUUUUCUCCCCGUCGCUGCUGACUGAGUCCCGGAUGCUCUACUUCUGGCUCUCUGAACACAUCCUCAACUCCCUGGCUUUGGCAGCUUUCUUGGAUAAACGCCUGGUGUUGACCAUCCGAGGGGAGAAGCUGCAGGCACUGUUUGAAGCAGAGGACACUGAAGAGCAGCAGAAGGCGGUGCAGAUGAUUUUUCAAGGCACCUCCUAUAAUGACUCAGUGGCCAAGGUGUGGAGUCUUUCCCAUCCCCAAAUCUCUGUUCAGACUGAAGGGACAAUUGUGAAGUCCUUGGUAGCAGUGGAGGUCAGCAUCUUUCCUCCAGGAGAAGAUCCCAAGAUGGUUCUGUACAUUGAGAAGGAAACCACGGUCACCAUCCAGGCUGCCUAUGCAGAGAAGAAACUCAUCUUGCACCCUGUGGACUCCAGGACAGAGUUUAAAGCUUUUAAAUGCACAGCUGAUCCAAAUGGGAAUGACCCAUCACUAAGAAACUUCCUGCAGACAAUUAUCUCAGUUGUUGGAAUCCCUGAAGUGAUUUCAAGUAUUGAACUGACUUUGACUUCACUGUUGAACAGCAAAGGGCUUCACCUAUUUGAUAUAAAAAAUCCUGAGAUCAUCACAAGAGAGGGAUAUGUAAUUGUACAACUUGACUUUAGCUUCCCAAAUCAUUUGCUCCUUGGUUUUCUUGAGGAAAGAUUAUAGAGCUGAUCUCAUCAUAAAGCAGCACUAGAACUUGUGUGAAAACAGGAAGAUUGUGGGUGAACCAACUACAAGAGGAACUGAUUUAAAUCAUCUUCAGAUGAAUUUUCUUUUCCUGAGUAAUGCUCCAGUUUUAUAAAAACUGUAUUUUCACAGAACCUUUCUUCUGCAAAGAUCUUGAAGUCUGCACCUCUACACAUGCUGCCUUUUCAGGAUCUUUAGAGGACUUGUGUGUUAGGAAUAUGGGUUGGACUCUGGGUCAGUACUCAGGGGAGGCAGCAGAAACAGGCUUUGUGUCCACCUUUUGGCACCUCUGAUGUUAAGUUUUGGAAAUGUUAACACCUUCUUCGCUGACCCAGGGUUUUCAUUUCCACCCUCUGAGCCAAGAGGAUCCUAAUUUUGACAAGACUUAAGCAAUUCAAAUGAUACUACCAAAAAUCUGAGAAAGCUCAGAACCAGUUAUGCUAAAGACAUGGGUAUGGCUGAAGAAGGUAAAUGGGACAUGAAUAUUUCUUUCUUUACAGAGCCUGUGACCUCUGUUUAGAGAUAAAUUGCUAUGACCCUGAUGUAAAAACAGUGGGAGCAAAACUUGAGAAAAUCAAUGAAAAUUAUAAGGAAGUCAAAGAGAUUAUAAGAGAAAGUCUGAGUGUCUUGUCAGGCAGCAGGUUCCUGUUCCUUCCUACUACAGCACCUUGAUCUGAAGUGGUUCUGUUACCAGAUGUGCCAAUCCACACAGAGCUGAGAUAUUUGCUUUAAUUCCCAGUUCUGUGCAGAAGGGGGAGCAGGGAGGUAUUCCAAAAAGCAGGCUCAAUUUCCCAAACCACAAGUGCUACUUUUAUACCCAAAAUAGUGAGAAAGAUCUUUAACACUAUUCUACCAUUCACACCCACAGUUUAACUAAUCCCUCCCUUCCAUUUAAAGUGUCAGAACUCCCAAAAAUUCCCAUGUGUGUGCCCAAAGGGUCAGGGGCCCUGUGUUAGCAGGGGUCCCUCCAGCCUCUGGGUGGGGAUUUUAGGAUGUUAAUAGCUUAUUAAUACAGUAAUGAAUGUUAAUACAGUGAGUCCAAUUACUCAAUGGUUUUUUUACCCAGUGCUCAAUGCUGUAACCAAGAUAAGUGGUGGGCAGUGCUCCUUCCCAUCCAUUUCAUCUCUUGCAGGUCUGGCUCCAGGCCAGGCUACUGACUUCUUGGGAUAUGUUUCUCUCUGACUAGAAUCUGGUUUUGUCUGAUUUUUACUGUUUCACUGUUAUGUGAGCCCUAUUUUUUAUUCUGCAUGUCUCUUUUGUUCUCAAAUGUGAUUUUUCCCCCCUAAAGUUUUACUUAUUUAGUUAAUAGCUGA